AUGUAUCACCGAAACUUGGCCCACUUGAAUCCGUACGAGCUGCACAAACAUCUCAUUAAUGAGUACAUGCUGACCAAGCCGGGCGAUACCAAACUGCUGCAGCGUGACACCUCCCGUGACAAAACGGACCACGAUGUGGUGCGCGAAAACCAUCGUUUCCUGUGGGACGGCGAAACGGUGGACAGUUGGGAGAAGCAGCUGGCCAAAAAGUAUUACGACAAGUUGUUCAAAGAGUACUGCAUUGCGGACCUGAGCCGCUACAAAGAGAACAAGGUUGCCAUGCGUUGGAGGAUCGAAAAGGAAGUCGUCGUUGGCAAAGGCCAAUUCGUGUGCGGCGAUCGGAACUGUGAAGAGCGGAGCGAACUGCGCAGCUGGGAGGUAAACUUUGGAUAUCUGGAGCAGGGACAGAAAAAGAACGCUCUGGUGAAGUUGCGAUUGUGCCCAAAAUGUUCAGACAGGCUGAACUAUCGCUCUAAAAAGAGAGAAAUCAAACGACUGACGAAGCGAGAUCGGAAAACAAAGACUCCCAGCAGUAAAGGGGUUUGUGAUGAAGCUUCCACUAGUUCCGUUGCCAAACCAAUUUCGCAGAGCAAUGCAAUCGAAACAAUUUCCGAAGAAAUGACACCGGAAGACGGAAUGGAACCAGCGGCAGAUGAAAAGGAUAGUUCCACCGUGCUUGAUGUCACCGAAGGAAGCUGGAGUAAAGGGACCGAAGUGGAGGAAAAAACGCGCGAAGAAGAAUUUGACGAGUUUUUGGAGGAUCUCUUACUGUGA